UUUGAACCAGUCUUCAUACAGAAAUACUACUGCAUUCUGUUCUAAUUUUCCAGAGCCCCCUAAUCUUCUUCCAGGCUCUUAAUGAUGUAGUUGAUAAUAGGAUUGUUGGUAUUAAUUUGGAACAAUAAUGCCAGCUGCUUGCUUGAUGGCUAUUGGCAGAGGAGUGACCUUGCAGGUCAGCUAAGCAGAACUGGAAGUGCUUUGAUCUGAUCUAUACAGAGCUUGUCCACCCGAACAAGAGGAGCGAGUGGAUUCUCUUUCCAUGGGAUGCUGAUUCUUCUCCAAGGAGCACGGAGGACAGCAUGGCAGUGGCUUUUGACGCAAUCCUAGCUCGGAUCAAGGAUGUUUGUAAAAGAAAUGGUUUACUUAUUCUCUCGGUGUUGUCAGUCACCAUCGGCUGUCUUCUUGGAUUCUUCCUGAGGACGAGGCGGCUUUCCCAACAGGAAAUCAGUUAUUUCCAGUUUCCUGGUGAGUUGCUGAUGAGGAUGCUGAAAAUGUUGAUUCUCCCACUGGUUGUCUCAAGCUUAAUGUCUGGGCUAGCAGCCCUGGAUGCCAAGACUUCCAGUCGAUUAGGCAUCAUAACUGUCACUUACUACCUGUGGACAACAUUUGUGGCUGUGAUUGUAGGAAUAAUUAUGGUCUCCAUUAUCCAUCCUGGUGGAGCAGCACAGAAGGAGAGCACUGAAGAGGGUGGAAAGCCCAUCAUGAGCUCUGCAGAUGCACUGCUUGACUUAAUCCGGAACAUGUUUCCAGCCAAUCUUGUUGAAGCCACAUUCAAGCAGUAUCGCACCAAAACUAUUCCCAUCAUUAAACCUAGCAAAGCAUCAUCUGAAAGCACCACUCGUCGCAUUAUUAUAUAUGGAGUCCAGGAUGAGAAUGGAUCCAAUGUCCAGAAUUUUGCCUUGGAUAUCACUCCCCCUCCUGAAGUGAUUUACAAAUCAGAGCCAGGCACUAGUGAUGGCAUGAAUGUGCUGGGGAUUGUGAUAUUCUCUGCCACAAUGGGUAUAAUGUUGGGAAGAAUGGGGAACAGCGGGGUUCCUUUGGUCAGCUUUUGCCAGUGUUUAAAUGAAUCUGUCAUGAAGAUCGUGGCAGUUGCUGUUUGGUAUUUCCCGUUUGGAAUUGUGUUCCUAAUUGCUGGUAAAAUCUUGGAAAUGGAUGACCCUUCAGCCAUUGGGAAGAAACUGGGUUUCUAUGCCAUUACGGUGGUGUGCGGCCUGGUGGUGCAUGGGCUGUUUAUUCUGCCAAUGAUGUACUUCUUUAUCACCAAGAAGAAUCCCAUCGUUUUCAUCAGAGGGAUUCUUCAAGCCUUGCUUAUUGCUCUGGCCACAUCCUCCAGCUCAGCCACACUGCCUAUUACUUUCAAGUGCUUGUUGGAGAAUAACCAUGUGGACAGGAGGAUUGCGAGGUUCGUGCUGCCUGUGGGAGCCACCAUCAACAUGGAUGGGACGGCGCUGUAUGAGGCCGUGGCUGCCAUCUUCAUUGCACAAGUAAACAACUAUGAGCUGGACUUUGGGCAGAUUAUUACUAUAAGUAUCACAGCAACAGCUGCCAGCAUAGGUGCUGCAGGGAUCCCACAAGCUGGCCUGGUGACGAUGGUCAUUGUUCUGACCUCAGUUGGGCUCCCAACAGAUGACAUCACGCUGAUCAUUGCCGUUGACUGGGCACUUGACAGGUUUAGAACAAUGAUCAAUGUCCUGGGAGAUGCACUGGCUGCUGGGAUCAUGGCCCACAUCUGCCGGAAGGAGUUUAUCAAGGACGGUGAUGAGGUGCCACUGAUCUGUGAAACUAAGCCUAUUAACGUCCAUCAGAUUGUGGCUUACCAGAGAAAUGGCUGUGUGAAGACCAUGAAUGCAUCUCAUGGAGCAGAAACAGUGAAGGCGUUUCAGCACCACAUACCUGUACAAGUGGAGCAAGAAGAAAGUCCAGUAGAGAAUCACACUAAGAAAUCCAACAGUAAAGACCACUGCACUAUUGAAAUAAAUGAACUAGAAACAAAUGUGUAACUGCUACACUCAGGGGUAUCUCAUACCCCAGUGACCUGAUAACCAGUCUCUACCUCACAGCUGGAAGAAGGACUUUUUGCCUUGAACAGGAAAAUGUGGGAAAACGUGUGAUUAUCACCACUCUGCUUGUACUGGAGCAGGAGACCAGCUGUGACCGUCAGGAAAGGCACACAGCUCGCACAAGACAUGGGUUUCUUUAGGUGGAAGAUUUCAAUACUGAAAAGCAUAACUAAUGGACAACUGCUGGUUUAUUCUGCACUCAUUUGACUCCAAUAUAGUAUUUGACACUCCCUUGGCUUAUUUUUUUUUAAGUUUUUUUAUUUGACCCUUUUUGUUUUCUAACCAAAGCCUUUUUUUUUUGUGACUCUCAGUAAUUAUGAACACUGUAUUUAUGUAGAUAUUUUGUUAUGUGAUUUAUGUAUUUUUGGCUAUGUUUCACCACAACUGCUAAAGGUUUUGUCUAAUAUUCGCUAAAUACAGAGUUUGUGCUUAGUUUUAGAACAGCAGGAAGAAAAUCACACUGAUUUCCUGAUCUCAAGGGGUUACAUGUAUUACUAAAUAACACUUCAAGCAGAGGUGAAGCAGAGCAUGCAUUUUUGCAAGACAGCAUGUUAAGGUAAUUCUGAUGAGCAGCCUUCAGAGAGAGGCAUUCAGGUGUGAUACAUAACCCACAGAAUUCCUAGGUCACUACAGAGCACAGUUUGCCUUCCAAGUGCCAGAUUUAUUAACCUUUUUUUUAACCUAACUCUUCAGUAGAGUCAGUACAUGCACCUGCAGUGGCAGAGGCAGUGUGAGACCUAAUCUGUAAGCACUGGUGCUAAUGUGUCCUCUCCUGUAAUCUGUAGGCUGUUCUACUGUAAAUAUGUAUAAACACAAACUUCAAGCUCAUGAACCAUAUGCUUCCUCCUAAAAGCAGACUGGACACAAACUGGAACCUGAUGAUGCUGAAGUAAUAUGGCGGUUUUGAGAGGAGAUUGCUGUGGGAACUGGCCUGGUCUUUUUUCUGAUUUGGUGGUUGAUCUACAUUGACAGUUACUCCCUUUCCACUGUCUACUGAAUCUUUCAGUUACAAUAAAAUCUGCUGAGUGUGUUUCCAAUGUUUGUGAUAGAGAACAUUUUUAAUAAACCUGCCAUUUAAAAACAG